CUGUGUUUUUGUGUUUGACAGGCAUGGACCUCUCUGCCAACCAGGAUGAAGAAGGUGACCAGGAGACUUUCCAAAUGGAAAUCAGUAAGGACACGAAGAAGUGUGCCUUCAGGACCUGCACUGGCAAAUACUGGACCCUCACAGCUAAUGGUGGCCUUCAGUGCACUGCCUCUACUAAGUCUGCUAACUGCUACUUUGACAUUGAGUGGCAUGGGAAGAAGAUAACCCUGCGUGCCAACAAUGGAAAAUAUGUGGCUGCCAAAAAGAACGGACAGCUGGCUGCUACUAUUGACACAGCAGGUGAGACCGAGGAGUUCCUGAUGAAGCUCAUCAAUAGGCCCCUCAUUGUGCUGAGAGGGGAGCAUGGCUUCAUUGGCUGCAGGAAGGUGACCGGCACCCUGGACUCCAACCGCUCCUCAUAUGAUGUCUUCGGUUUGGAGUUUAGAGAUGGAGCCUAUAGCUUGCGAGACUCCACAGGGAAAUACUGGAUGGUGGGCAGUGAAUCGAACGUGCUCAGCAGUAGCGACACCCCGGUGGACUUCUUCCUCGAGUUUUGUGACUACAACAAAGUGGCCAUCAAGUCAACUGAGGGGAAGUAUCUUAAGGGUGAUCAUGCAGGUGUUCUGAAGGCCAACGCCGAUGAUCUGGACACCUCCACUAUGUGGGAGUACUAAAAGCACUUAAGUAACCACUGUGGCUUUUUCUUUCCAGUUUUUUUUCCUUUCUGUUAUGCAUUUUGAAUAUGGUUUUUGAAUACGAGUAAGCACACCGGCCAAUAGCAGAGAGAAACCCAAAGGUGGAGAGUCUUGCUUCUAGUCACGUAUACUCUAUUCUGUCUAAAUACUUCAGAGUUUGUGUUCCACAGUAUUACCGCAGUAUUGUGCGGUUUUCAUUGAUGACGAUUGGCCAAAACUGGGACUUAACUGGCAUCCAAAUGUGUGUUGUGUGGUUAAGCACAUCUAAUGCCAUCUCUUAAUCUGUCAUAAUAAUUGACUUCCAUUCAAGUCGGUUCACUCUCUGGAAGAUCGACUAUGCGGGCGCCACACAUCGAGCCACAGGAUUUUGAUUUUGACCAGAUUGUAGCGAGAUCCUUCUUCCUAGUCUUUGCACAGUCCUGUAUGAGCCUCGCACUCUUAAUAUUAACACAUAGCGAAAUGUUAAAGAAAACCUUGUGACUGUGAGCUAUUGAUGUAAUGCCUCCCACUGUAUUGCCAGUCAUAAGUACCUACCCUCAUGAGGACUAAGGCAAUAUUUACAGGUAAAUGUAUGAAUGUUGAGGGUUUUUUCCGUUCCAUAGACUUGACAGAGUUAUGAAGGAAGCUCUCAGACCACUGAAACGGCAAUGAGCUACACUUUUGUUUUCUUGUUUGAAGUAGGGCAGUGCUUUGCUUGUGUACUUCUGUAUGUACUGCCUCACUGUCUGUGCCAUUAGAAUUAAUUUUAAUGUUUAAAAAGAGGUAAAACCUAGAGAACUGGAUUGGUACCUCACAGUCCCUCAUCUCAAAAUUAGGGUUAUGCCUGGAAUUGCGAAUGGGUGGGAAAAAAUAAAUAGAUAUUAAAAUGGUAAAUGUUUUCUGCAACUCGAAAGCGGUGUCAUCGUUACGUUGUGUGCUGCAGCUGUGGGUGUGAAGAUACCGACGUGAGGUAUGUUGUUGCAGGUUCAACACAGUAUUUAUGCUAAAUUAAACCACUUUUCCUUCUUAAACCUGACAAAUCUCAAAGGAAUGGUGGGUCUGGGUUCACUGGACUCAUGCAGUGGUCUUAUCUGGAAAGGUGUCUGGAAAUGUCACCUAACUUUUGUUGUUAUUGUUAGAGAAGGCACAGACAUUAUCAUGAACCUUAUUCCUUCAUACACAUUACAGUACAUUAAAGCCAAAAUGAAGACAUUAACACCACACAAGAUUGAUUAAAGAUUUAAACCUGAGGUUAAACUGGUGCUUAAUUAGAUUUCAGGUGUGCAUCAAACUAACAGAGCCACGCUGAGCUUAACGCAUUAAGAACUUUAAGAAAAUUUAUUUAAGCGCUAUCAUUUCACAUGAUAAUGAUCUCCCGUUGCUAAGGAAAUGAUAAUGACUGUGCCUUAAAAGGUCAUUAUGGGGGGAAAAAGACAUUCCACAUUAUACUUUGUAAAGUCUUUACAGAUGUCUUUUUAUUUUGAUAUUAUGGUUAUGUUUCCUCGUGUGCCAUGGGUACAAAUGAAAUCCGUAAAUAAAUAUGGUUUGAAUAUGAAACUCUGU